GCGAAUGAGCGGCAUGGGGCAUGGUCAAGGAAUGUUUCGUUGAAAAGUGUCACCGUUUCGCAACUUUUUAAACUCAGUUCGCCAAGUCUGUGGUUUUUCAACAUGUUCUCAAAGAAAAAGGACUUAGACGCGUACGUCGCUGAGAUUUUCAAAAAAUCCAAGAGCGAAAAAGAGAGAAAUGCUAAAUGCCUCACCAUCGCAAAGCAGUACUCUCAACUUCAAGAGUGGGCAACUGCUCGGCGGUAUGUCGGCGCCUACAUUCAGGACCACCCGAAUUCUGCUCCCGCAAUGCGGUUGCAGGGGGAAUGUGAACAAAACCUUGGGCAGAAAGAGAGGGCACUCAACUCGUUCCGCAGCAGCCUCACGUGUGACCCCACUCAGAAAGAUCUCACUUUCAAAGUGUGCGAGUUGUUGUGCAAUGUUUCUGUUGACACUGAAACAUAUCAGUACUGGGCCGAUAGAGCUGAGGCGAUUGACAGCUCUCACCCUUCUGUUUUUAAACUAAAAGAGCACAUUCUAACCUCAACUUCAGCAACUUCUGGUGGAAGCCUAGUCUCCCUAGAGCUCGAGGCCCUUAUCAUGGCGGAGCAAAAAGCUAGACCUCAUGAUCCCAGCCCAAACUGCCGCCUCCUGAAACUGUACAUUGACAAAGCCCAAUACACCAAAGCUCAUGCUUUGGCUAUUCAGUUGGAGACUGGCUGCCCAUUUAGAAAUGAUAUCUCCUGGUAUGAAACCUUAACCAGCACUUUAGAGGCUUGCAAUAAAAAGGUUGAUGAAGAUUGGGACACGCACACCUUUAAGCUACUUGCACUUGAAAGGCUCUUGUCACUUUACCUGGAUGAAGUUCUUGGAGCUGAUAAGCAAAACAGACCACUCUCAACCUAUUCAAAUAUGAAUGUCGUUGUUGAAACAGCAUUUAAAUUAGACCAGGCCCUGUUCGAAGCUCAAAAAUUGACCUGCCACGGAUCAUCGAGCAGGCGGAUUUUGGCAGAAACCCUUUUGAAGCAUUUAGUGGCCCAGUUUGGGUUCCACUUGGUUUGCAUUCUGUACAAGAAAGCCAAGAAGGACUCAUCACUCUGGAAAUCUAAUAUCAAGUUCAGUGGUCCCCUGUUGAUGUUGGCGUGGCAAACUCUAACUCCUGAUGACGAUGCUGCUUGGCUGAAAGAUUUGCCAGAAUCCUUGCUUGACUCUACACAAGUCUGGUUAAAUGAGGGAAAGCUGCGCAGGAGCCAAGCUGGCCACAUUCUUCUCGGACUGAAUGCUAAAAGGAAGUUAAUGGACAUUGUUUCCCCUCUUCUUGUGACUAAGUGGCAAGAGAAACUCUAUGAGGCCGUAUUUUCAUCCUAUGCAAAUGAAUUGAAAACAUCUUACCUGGCAACAAGCUUGGACUCUAACAAGUUAACCAGAAGUCUACCAACCAUCAAUGAGCUUUGGUCCCAUGACGAGUCUUCUCUUUUGCAAUACUUCAAUCAGCUUCCACUCGUCAUUUGGUACGGGCUUCAAUUUAGGGCAAUUGGUCAUCCGUGGACGCCGCUGAGUGAAGCUAACGAUGAUCCAAAUAUUGUCGCACUAGAUGUGCUUCCAAAGAGGCCUCUAUGCCCUGCUUUCCACAAUUUGAAGAAAUACAACAAAGACUUCCCUGGAAUAAGUCAGGCCACACCUGAAAGCCUUUCCCAAAUGGACAUAGAUGCGUUCAUAUUUGCAAUUGUCACCUGUGCUAGUGGAAUAAUGGAAGAAAAUCAACAACGUUGGAGCAAUGAUAGGCCUGAAGUGCUCCCAGUAACUCUUUCAGACGCCUUGUGCACCCCGGCUCAGAUUUCAUGGUGGACAAGCAUUUGCCAUAUCUUGAAGCCUUCCGCAGCAAACUACUCUGUCACUCCAGAGUUAAGGAAAUUAAUCAGAAGUGGCCUUGAGGCUAUCCGAUCAGUUGAUUCUCAGAGUGGACAGCAAGACGUCCGACUGCUUUGUUCCCUUGCCAGAUUCUUUACUGCUCAAGCUACCAAAUGUCAAGAAUCAGAUGGAGACAAACAGCUUAUUACGGCUCUAUUCCUCCGUGCCAGCCACUAUUGGUCUUGCGCUAAGCCAGUUCUAGAAAGCGUGAAAAGUGGAAGAGCAACUAGGCCACUUCACAUUGAUCGACUCUUCUGUUUGCCUGGCAAAGACCUUGAUAAAAGUGCUGCUGAAUCCCUCCUUUAUGAAGCUUGCUUUGCUGAUGGGAUGCAGCUUGUAAGGAACGGCAGAUAUGAAGAGGCUAUAGAAGCUUUUGGUGAUUUGACUAGCCCAUAUGCAAGCAUGGAGCAGGCUAUGCUUUUUAAGAAAAUGGGCGAUGCUGAAAAGUCUGACAUGUCAGCCAAAGAAAUCUACUACAAGAGGUCACGUGAUAGCUUUUUUGUUACCCUGGAUAGACUUAAAGGAACAAAUGUUGACCAACGACAUCCUUUGAAUGCAUCAUUGAGAUCUCACAUAGAGGAAGUUGAGGAGCAAAUAAAUGCUUUGUUCCCUGAUGCCCACAUUAAAAAUCCAGUGCAUCGUGGUGACAUUCUCAGUGAUGCUUCUGACGAAGAAGACUUUGUCCACACCCCAAGAAUAUUUAAUAGGCUUAGAGGCCAAAGCAGUACACCUUUCACUUCUAGCCGAGCCCGUCCAGUGACUUUGUCUAAUGGCACUCCAGUCAAUGGAGGCCAGCGACUGCAAACUCAAUAUCGAUCGCCUUCACUCAUGACUCCGAGGCCUAGAGAAGAAGCUCGUCCAAGUCCAGAGAGAUUAGAGGCCCAAAUGCGACAGCUCAGUGUGCAAAGAGAGAGCGAGCUGCAGACAAUGGCUCGCAUUGUUGAGGCUACAAGAAGCAAUGACAGCGGGCUGAAAGAUGAAUUACUUUUCAUUAAGGAUGCUAUGAGAGAGAUGAGCAGAGAUUUGCAAAGAGUGGAAAGCAACCAGAAAGAAAUGAUAGAGGCACGAAGAGAACAACAAGAGUCAAACAAGAAUUUGAAAGAUAUGCAUAGUGAUAUUCAGAAGAUCCUUCGACUUCUGAAAUCAACCCGGAUCACUAAUAUUAGCCCAGUUGUUUCUGAGCCUCGUAACAUUCCUGAUGAAGACCUUUAUCUCUAUGGAGAAGAAGGUGAAAAUGAAUAUUGCACCGAUGGAGCUGCAGGAACUCAAACUCAGCAGCCAAAACAACAGUUCCCCUCCACUGCGAGCGCCCCUGCAAGUUAUCCAGCACUUUACAACCCUGCAUUGUAUCAGUUCAGAGCUCCUCCACCAAACUUCUUUCCACUUGCUCCAGGAGUUGAUACUGCUGCUUUGAUGUACCAAAAUUUGGCAUACUAUGCUCCAGGAGCUCUGCCAUUCAGUGAAGGACAACGGCUUCCGGAGUUUCAAGUUGCAACUCCUCAUCUUCUAGCCGGUCAGUUGCCAAUUGGUAACCAAGGAUUAACUCCAGCUUUCAACCAAAUUGUAGCACCUCCAACUAUUAGCAACAUCACUCCAGCGAAACCACCUCAAGUGCAUCCUGAUUUGACGCCUGCUCAAAAUUCGCUCCAAGAAAGUGCUAUCAUUCAAAUGACUCCUCAUGCAUUCCAAAUUAAUAUGCCACCUGAAGCACAGAUACCAACUGCCUCACCACUGGACAAAGCGCCUGCAGUUCCUGCAGUUUCCCCACAGAGCAUACUGCAAAAUGUCCCCUCACCUGUGUACUCUUCAGUAACUCCUGAAACGCAAAAACGCACAUCCAGAGUGUCUCGUGUGUCGGUUGGCUCUGUUGUUUCAGAAGAUGGAGAAGUACCUGAGCACGAUGCUAUACCUGAUUUCAAACCCAUCAUACCUCUGCCAGACGAAAUUGUCCCAACAACAGGCGAAGAAGGUGAAAAUCUCCUGUUUGAGAACAGAGCCAAACUCUACAGAUACAUUGAUGGUGAAUGGAAAGAGCGAGGAACUGGCGCGCUAAAAAUUUUGGAAUCGCCCAUUAACAAGAAAGUCAGGAUUCUGAUGCGCAGAGAUCAGGUUCUGAAAGUGUGCUGCAACCACUUCAUUCCAAAAGACCUGAUUCUUUCUCAUAUCAGUGGCAAUGAUAAAACAUGGUCGUGGGCUGCCCAAGAUUUUGCAGAUGAAAAAGUUAGAGUUGAAAAGUUCGGAGUCCGCUUUAAGACUGUUGAUGAUGCAAACUUAUUCAAAGAUGUGAUAGAAAGAGCAAAGAAGACCAUGCCUGACACUCCAAGCUCGAAACCAUCAACUCCUGCUGACACGCCAAAAACCCCUUUACUGUCUGCCAGCGGAACUUCGCCAAUAUUAGAGACUCCAAAAUCAUCAAAUGCUAACAAACUACCAACUCCAGCAUCAACCUUGUCUUUUGGAGGGUUUACCUUCUCCACUUCGCCCACUAUUGCAAAGAAAGGGGAAGAAGCAAAGACGGAAACUCCCAAGAAAGAAGACACUCCUGCCAAACCUGGGCCAUUUGCAUCAUUUUCUUUUGGAGCACCAAAAAGCUCCACUACGUCCUUGUUUGGUCAAACUACAACUCAAUCCUCAGGCACUUCUUCGAUUAGUUCUGCUCCAGUAUCUUUUGGAAACACAAAUACUCUGCUAAACUCACCGCUUGCCCAGCUGAGCUUUUCUAGUUUGCCGCAGAAUACGACAUCCUUUACCACAGGCCAUAGUACAUUCAAGGGAUUUGAUGGUGCUGGCUCACGUGUUUUUGGAGUUACCACGCCAGCCAAAUCAACUACGCCAGCUGCGAGCGGAACUCCUGCCAACCCUACUGCAACAGAAAGCCCUGGAGGUGAGGCUGAAACUGCUGAAGACUUUGUCCCCACUGCAGAUUUCCAACCAGUUAUUCCUCUUCCUGAGCUCAUCGAGGUCAAGACAGGUGAAGAGGGAGAAGAAGUGCUCUUCGAAUGCAGGGCAAAGCUGCUGAGAUUUGUGUCUGAGUCAAAAGAGUGGAAAGAACGUGGAAUCGGCAAGAUGAAAAUGACCUGGAAUCCCACGUCGUGCAAAGUCCGCUUGAUCAUGCGGCGCGAACAAGUUUUAAAAGUCUGCUGCAAUCACUUCCUCUUGAGGGAUAUGAAACUUGUGCCAAUCAGCUCGUCUGACAGAAGCUGGACAUGGAUCGCUCAAGAUUACUCAGAAGGCAGCAUUGAAAAGGAAACCUUUGCCAUCAAAUUUAAGAACCCAGAGGAGGCUGCCUCAUUCAAAGAAAAGUGGCUUGAGAUCCAAAAAGACAUGGUGGAUGGUGAUCAAUUGCUGCGAGGAGGCCAGCAACCAACUGCUCCAGCAAAGACCAAAGAGGACAAACCCAAACCACUCUCCGAACUAUUCAAACCAGCCACAGGCAAUUGGGAGUGUAAGAAUUGCUAUGUCUCCAACAAGGCCAAUACGAAUACCUGUGUGGCAUGUUGUUCCUCAAAAGAGGGGGCAGCUGCUGAGAUCACAAAAGUUACUACCUCGCAGCCUUCAACUGCAGACAAGGAUUUGAUGAAACAGUUCAAGAAGCCGGAAGGAAGUUGGGAAUGCAAGUUUUGCUAUGUCACAAACAAAUCUGAUGCGGUUACGUGUGUGGCUUGUGAGUCGGCUAGACCUGGUACUGAAGGAAACGAAAAACCUACUGCUCCGGCAAUCAAGAAAAUUACCCCAGGCUUGACUUUCGACUUCCAAUCGUCUGGCUCGGCAUCCAAAUUUUCAUUUGGUAAUGCUGCUGCGGCCACAGUCUCAACCAGCGUUUCCACUGGACCCACCUCAACUUUCACCUUUGGUGGCGUGAAGCCUACUACACCAGCGGUAACCACUUUUGCUUUUGGUGGUCCUCAGCCCAGCUUUGCGUUUGGCACACAAGGAACACAAAAUUCCACUGCUGACUCGACCAAAACUUUGUUUGGUGGAUCAACCUUGCCUAAAUUUGGUUUCAACUUGCCUACACCAAGCACUCCUGCCUCAACUGUGACCAGUGGGAGCAUCACUUCUCCAGGUGGAGCUGAGGAUAGUGACGGUGAAGUUGAGAAUGACGAGGGAGACCACAUUCACUUCACGCCAAUUAUCCCUCUGCCUGACGCUGUAGAAGUUGUCACAGGCGAAGAAGAUGAAGAAACGCUUUACAGUCACCGUGCCAAGCUCUACCGCUGGGCAAAUGGGGAAUGGAAAGAAAGGGGUCUAGGUGACAUAAAGAUUUUAAGGCACAAGGAGCAAGGUCAUAUUAGAAUCCUGAUGAGACGAGAGCAAGUUCUAAAGAUCUGUCUGAACCACCGUCUCUACAAAGAAACAACUUUCACUCCAAAAGGAGACACAGGUCGGUCAUUCCAGUGGUAUGCAGCUGAUUAUUCCGAAGGGGAAUACAAGCAGGAACAAUUUGCCAUCCUGUUCAAAACUGAGGAUAUUGCUAAGGACUUCAUUGAGCACAUAGAAUCGGCCAAAACUUUGCUAGGCCUAGAAAACCAAAGUAUGGCUGCUCAAGCAAGUUCCCCAGCUCAGGUCUCUACCCUCUCAGCUGCCGACACUUCAGCUGUCUCGUCCAAUUUAGACACAUCCAUUGCCAGUAGCACUCAAUUCACACCUUCCAAUAGCAUCUCAUUUGCACUCGGAAAUGAUCCGUCGGCUGCUGUAACGCCUCAGUCAGGAUCUUUCUUGUCUGGGUCAACUUUUAGCUCAGCUGUAAAAGGAAAUUUGUUCGAAGACUCUCCUUCCGAGAAUACGGAUGAUGAAGUGCACAUAGUUGAAGUGAUUGAGCCCAAAGUUUCUGAUGAAGAUGUUCAAAAAGCCCGUGCUCUUAAAUUGCCAGACAACUUCUAUGCCUACAAGCAGCGCUCUGCUUGCAAGGGUUGCAGAGGCUGCGAAAAUGAAGAUAGUGAUGCAAGCUCAACCACAGAAAAAGAUCAAACUGUGUCGAGCACCGUUCCGUCUACAUUUUCAACACCCCUCUUUGGUUCGGUUUCUUUUGGAGCUGCUGCUAAACCCGAAAAGCUUGUCAGUAGCGGAAACUCUCUUGCAACCACAAACAUGUUUGCCACAGCAUCCAACCAGCCGACGUUUGCCAGCCUGGCAAAUUCAACGUCCAAUGCUGGCUUUUCUAACUUGACCUCCAGUAGCCCUAGUUUCUCUUGGGCUGGUGCUGGCACACCAGUCUUUGGUUCAAAGGGCUCACCGGCUCUUGGUUCCAAAGGAUCAACGCCUGCGCCUGUUUUUGGCAGUGCUAAGCCUAGCCCUGUGUUUGGAACUCCUCAGGCACUUUUUUCAUCUCCUUCAUUGCAGUCCACUGCAUCUCCUAAAAACAACACUGAAGGAGGAUCUAGUGAGGAUGAAGGGGGGGAGGAAACUCAUGAUCCCCACUUUGAGCCCAUUAUUGCCUUGCCUGACAUGAUUGAAGUGAAAACUGGAGAAGAGGAUGAGGAGAAAAUGUUCUCCCACAGAGCAAAACUUUAUCGAUAUGACUCAAACACCAGGGAAUGGAAGGAACGAGGAGUCGGAGAGAUGAAAUUGCUCUACCACCAGGCCACUGGCAGGUACAGACUUCUGCUGCGCCGAGAGCAAGUUCACAAAGUUGUGCUGAACCAGUUGCUCACCAAAGACUUAGAGAUGAAGCCCAUGAAACUGACCAACAAUGCUCUUUUGUGGGGUGGGUUCAACCAUGCUGAAGAAGGAGAGGGAAAAAUGGAAGAACUUGCCGUCAAAUUUAAAAAUCAGGAAUUAGUUGACGAAUUCAAAGCCAAGGUCGAAGAGGCCAAAGAGCGGUUAGCCUCAAUGGAGACAAAACCUGCCCCCGUGGUCACGACCCCUCCUGUGGUUGAGCCUGAAAAGGUCCUAAAAGGUCCAACCACCCCAACCUUUGUUCCUCCAGCCAAUGAAGAAGACACUGACGAGGAAGAGGAGGAGGAAGAAGAAGAAGAUGACGAGGAAGACUAUGAAACCUAUGAUGAUUACGAAGAAACGGAAGUGAUGGAUGAGAGGGGCACAGUGUUUGCCCGAAAAGAUGGGAAUCCUGUCGGACCAUGGUUGGGUCUUGGCGUUGGCCACAUUAAGAUGGUGUACGCCAGUGAUGGAUUAUACAGCGUCGUUGUGGAACUGGAUGUCAGUGAGGGCAGUGAGAAUGUACGGAUCCCCAUUGACACACGCAUGAAUGCUCAAUCUGAGAAAACGCAAGACAAAGAAGUCUGUUUUUCUGGCAUGAACCAGGCACAGGACACUGACAGGGUUGAAUACUAUAAAGUUUUGUUUCCUACGAGCAGCAGCGCCGAAGAGUUUCAAGCUAAUUUCAUGGAGGGUUUAGCCAUGGCAGAUAAUUUGCAGCAGGAUGAAAAUGACGCUGAGCCCUGAAAAUUGAUGGCUGCCGACGAAAUGCAGCAGAAGUUUUUAGUUUUUAAAUGUUUCUUUCAAUAAUGAAGAUAAUUAAUAAUAAACUCUUUUUUUGCUAUUUGAUGACCAAUAAAAGGCCAAUAUGUAAUUAUUUAAGAUGAAA